AUGAGACGGUCCUCAAGUGCGUUCCGUGCGGAGGCCCACAUGAAUCGUACAGUAGAAACUGUCGGAAGCUCUAUCCAGUGCAACAUGAAUAAAACGCUCCGAAUAAUUCAGCUAAAUGUAAGGAAACAGGGCGCAGUGCAUGACAGCUUAAUGAACGACGAAGAAAUUCAGGACGCAGUGGCAAUGGCAAUCCAAGAACCCCAAGCGAGAAGAAUUAACGGCCGACUCUUGACAACUCCGAUGGGACAUCAAAGAUGGACGAAGAUGGUCCCCUCCGCAUGGAGGGAAGGGAGAUGGGCAAUCCGGAGCAUGCUGUGGGUGAGAAAGGACGUGGAAGCAGAGCAAGUACCAAUUAAAUCCCCGGAUCUGACAGCGGCGGUCAUCCGGCUCCCCGAGCGAGUGAUUUUUAUGGCAUCAGUCUAUGUGGAAGGGGGAGAUGCCCAAGCCUUGCGUGACACGUGCGUUAGUCUACGCGAGGCAAUUACCAAGGUAAGGCGAGAUACGGGCGCAGUGGUGGAGGUUGCAAUCGUGGGAGACUUCAACCGACAUGACCAACUUUGGGGUGGAGACGACGUGCCUCUGGAGAGACAGGGCGAAGCGGAUCCAAUCAUUGACUUUAUGAGUGAAUUUGCUCUUAGCAGUCUACUAAAACGAGGCACAAAGACAUGGCAGGGGGGAGGACACGGUGGAGACUGCGAGUCAACUAUUGACCUCGUCCUUGCCUCGGAGAAUCUGACGGGUUCCAUGGUGAAGUGUGCAAUACAUGGGACGGAGCACGGCUCCGACCACCGCGCAAUCGAGACUGUGUUUGACGUUCCGGUUCCGGUUGCCAAACAGCAGGAGCGACUGCUGCUCAAAAACGCGCCUUGGAAGGAGAUUAAUGCCAGAAUUACCACAAGCCUGGACAGCACGCCGUCGGACGGCACUGUGCAGCAGAGAACCGACCGACUAAUGUCUGCGGUGUUGGAGGCAGUGCAUGCCUUGACGCCAAAGGCCAGACCGUCCCCGUACGCAAAGAGAUGGUGGACAACGGACUUGACACAACUCCGCUAUAUCUACACAUACUGGAGAAAUCACGCCCGAUCGGAGCGACGGGCAGGGCAAAUCGCAUCACACCUAGAAGAGACAGCUAAAAGUGCUGCGAAGCAAUACCACGAUGCCAUCCGGCAACAAAAGAAAAAGUACUGGAAGGAGUUCCUGGCAGACAACAGCAACAUAUGGAAGGCCGCCAAAUACCUAAAGUCUGGAGAUGACACAGCAUUUGGGAAGGUACCACAGCUCGUCCGAGCAGAUGGAACCACCACCACCGAUCACAAGGAACAAGCAGAGGAGCUUCUGGCUAAAUUCUUUCCUCCUCUACCAGACGAUAUUGAGGAGGAAGGGGCCAGACCGCAACGAGCGCCAGUCGAGAUGCCUGCCAUCACCAUGGAGGAAGUAGAGCGGCAGCUGCUCGCAGCAAAAUCAUGGAAGGCACCUGGAGAAGACGGCCUACCGGCGAUAGUUUGGAAGAUGACCUGGCCCGCGGUUAAACACAGGGUUCUUGACCUGUUCCAGGCAUCGCUGGAAGAGGGCACGCUACCAAGUCAAUGGAGACAUGCAAAAAUCAUACCACUUAAAAAGCCGAAUAAAGAGGACUACACCAUCGCGAAAGCCUGGAGGCCAAUUUCACUUCUCGCGACACUGGGCAAGAUCCUGGAGUCGGUGGUGGCAGAAAGGAUCUCACACGCAGUGGAGACAUACGGCCUGCUCCCAACCACUCACUUUGGAGCCCGAAAACAGCGAUCAGCGGAACAGGCGCUCCUGCUCCUGCAGGAGCAAAUCUACACGGCCUGGCGUGGCCGUCGGGUCCUGAGCUUGAUCAGCUUCGACGUCAAAGGAGCCUACAAUGGGGUGUGCAAAGAAAGACUACUACAGAGGAUGAAAGCUCGAGGCAUACCAGAAAGUCUGAUCCGGUGGAUCGAGGCCUUCUGCUCGGAACGAACAGCGACCAUCCAAAUCAAUGGGCAAGGGUCCGAGGUACAAAGCCUCCCACAGGCAGGACUACCGCAGGGCUCUCCCCUAUCGCCGAUCCUGUUCCUUUUCUUUAACGCAGACCUCGUGCAACGACAGAUCGACAGCCGCGGCGGAGCGAUUGCUUUCGUGGAUGACUUCACCGCGUGGGUGACCGGGCCAACUGCGCAGAGCAACCGGGAAGGUAUUAAGGCAAUUAUUAAUGAAGCUCUUGACUGGGAGAGGAGGAGUGGAGCGACGUUUGAAGCAGACAAAACUGCCAUUAUACACUUCACCCCCAAAGCACACAAAUCAGAGCAGGAGCCUUUCACCAUCAAGGGACAAACCGUUGAGCCUAAAGACCACGUCAAGAUCCUUGGAGUGGUGAUGGACACUAGACUCAAAUACAAGGCACACAUAGCCAGGGCAGCGUCCAAGGGCCUAGAAGCAGCGAUGGAGCUCAAACGACUCAAAGGCUUAUCUCCCUCAACAGCGCGGCAGUUGUUCACGUCAACUGUUGCCCCAGUGGUGGACUAUGCCUCUAAUGUCUGGAUGCACGCUUUUAAGGAUAAGGCCAGCGGGCCCAUUAACCGGGUUCAACGGAUUGGAGCUCAAGCAAUAGUGGGAACAUUCCUCACCGUCGCAACCAGUGUGGCGGAAGCAGAGGCUCACAUUACCUCGGCGCAAAGCCGGUUCUGGAGACGGGCAGUGAAGAUGUGGACGGACAUCCACACCCUACCUGAAACCAACCCACUCCGCAGAAAUACGGAUCGUAUCAGGAAAUUCCGAAGAUUCCACCGCUCCCCGUUAUAUCAGGUGGCAGAUGUGCUGAAAAACAUCGAGAUGGAAACACUGGAAACCAUCAAUCCAUUUACAUUAGCACCAUGGGAGGAACGACUGCAGACCGAUAUUGGAGGAACCUCAGAGUCACCAGCAGAAGCCGGCGGAUCUAUGCAGAUCGCAGUCAGCAGCUCGGCACGGAAUGAGGUAGUGGGAUUUGGCGGAGUUAUUCAGAAGCAACCGCCCAAGUACAAGAAGCCGAGACUAAAGGCCUUCUCCGUCACACUGGGCGCGAGAUCAGAGCAGAACCCAUACUCGGGAGAGCUGGCAGCAAUGGCACACGCAUUAAAGACGCUACCAGUACUGAAACUGUACAGAAUCACGCUGCUGACGAGCAACAAAGCGGCUGCACUUUCCCUGGGGAACCCGCGACAACAGUCGGGCCAGGAGCACGUGUGCCUGAUAUACAAGCUGAUCAGAAGACUGCGGAAGAACGGAAACAAGAUCACGAUCCGCUGGGUCUCCACAAGCGAGGAAAACAAACUGCUGGGCCUCGCUAAAGUGCAGGCCAGGGCAGCGACCCAAGAGGACCCCAUGCCAUACACACAGCUCCCCAGAAUGAAAUCAACCACUCUUAACAUCGCACGAUCCCAACAAGACACCAGCAAAGCCUUGCCCGAGAAAGUAGGCAAACACGUGAAAAGGGUGGACGCGGCCCUCCCAGGCAAGCACACUCGACAGCUGUAUGAUCGAUUAUCGGGGAAAGAAGCAAGCGUGCUGGCCCAGCUCCGGACGGGCAUGGCAAGACUAAACGGAUACCUCUACCGAAUCAACGUUGCGCCAACCGAUCAGAACCACGCUGCUAACGAGCAACAAAGCGGCCGCACUCACACUGGAAAACCCGCGACAACAGUCGGGCCAGGAGCACGUUUGCCUGAUAUACAAGUGGAUCAGAAGACUGCGAAAAAAUGGAAACAGGAUCACAAUCCGCUGGGUCUCCACUAG